AUGAGACCGGACUGCCUGGAAAUUCUACUACUUUUCGAAAUUGGAAACGAUCGUAUUUUUCAACAGUUAUCUUCAUCAACGGCUUAUGGACGAUAUAGAGACUACAAUAAAAUUCAGGAACAAAUUAAAAGAGAUAAUAUUAAAUUAUUUUCAAAAAUACCUAGUUUUGAUUAUCCAGAGGAGUUAUUUAUCAAAUGUUUGAACAUGCAGAAAUCACCAUGGAAAGAUUAUAUUUAUCACUAUACACAUAUUGAAAAUGCUGUAUCAAUUUUUAAUGAAAAAGUGUUAAAAUGUCGAAAUAAUGUUGUUUAUUUUAAAGAUUCCGCUGCUCUCAAUAUGAUUCCGAGCGACGAAGUUAAAAGUUAUGUUCCUUUCUAUUUUCGUCCACAUACGCCUAAUCAACAUAUAAAUGAAAAUUUAGGUAGUAUAGAAUAUACCACAGAUCAAUUUGGACAGGAUCCUAUAUGUCCUAUACCUAUAUUUAUUAAAAUACCAUUAAAGUCCAUUUUUAAAUGUGAAGAUAUCGAAUGGAAAGUAAGUGUAGGAAAUAUGGCAAGGAAACGAUAUGAAUAUGGUAAUACCACGGGCAUAAUUCAACAAUUUGAUUUCAAUGGUGUCUACAUGGAUAAAAUGAGUCCAAGACAAUUUAUUAGUUCACAACAAGAAUUUCUUAUUAAAUCCAAAUUGUCAUUGGAAUCUAUCGACGGCCUUGAGAUUAUUUGUCAAGACUUAUCUGCUGCUAACUGUCUAAAAUGUCUAUUAGAUGAUUGUAAUCCCUUCAAAAAUAAAAUAAAAGUAAAUAAAACAUUAUAUCAUGAAAAAAAUUCUAAAUGUAUUGUGGAACAACACCCAAAUAUAUUAUCAAUCUAUCUUCAAAAUGAGAAAAAAGAUGGCACAGUAAUUUUACAGUAUAAUACUAUUGAUAAUUCUGAAGAUGAAAUAUCAUUCAUAAAAGAUAAAUUUACAAUUAGUGCUUCAGAAUCUUUGACACUAUCGGUUGAUUUAAAACGUAUUAAUUAUGCUGUUUUUUAUGCACAUCGCGGUCAACUAUGGUUAUUAAAUAGUAAUCAUCAACAAUCUGAAUUCGCUUUACCAUUAAUAAAACAAAAAUUAGAAAGCUUUUUGAUUGAAAACAUAAAUUUACACGAUAUUGUUACAACAUUAAAAAUACAUCCAAUAUUGAAAUAUUGCUAUGAACAAAAAAUAAAUACUCACUCUACAUUGGAACAAUAUACGCUUAAAAUAAUGGAAAGUUUUUCACCUAAAUUGAUUGCUCAACACGAAUCGACUUUAAAAUCUUUCUAUAUUGUAUUGGCAUUUCAUGUUAUUGGAUUAGGACAAGCAAAUGUGGAAAACGAUAUUGAACAACAUUAUCGAUAUUCUCAGAAAAUAGUGAAUGAAAUAAGUGAUCUUCUUCCAUCGUCAUUACCAAUAUUUGAAUUAAUAAAUAAGAUCAUUAAAUCAGGUUAG